AUGGCUUCGAUGCAACUUUCUGUGUUUGAUUUUCUUUCAGUUACAGCUUCUAUAAAUUCUAUCAACGAUGCAAACCUUGCACAAAUCCGUUCGAAUAAUUUCAUAUCUAAUCGUAAUGAUGCUCCGAAUGAACAAACUCUAAAAAAUAUUGCUCAACAGCUACGCUUGCUUGAUGAUCCAAUUAACUUACAACAUUUGAAAAUUUGUUUAAGUGGUGAAGAUGAUUUUGAUGUAAAGGUGAAACUGGUUGAAAUAUACUUCAUGAAAUCAUUAUUGCCAAAUCCAAUGAAUAUUAUCCCGCAAUCGAAUGUUCAAAUAAAACAAACGAUUGAAACGGAAUUAGUACGCCAAAUUACAUGUUAUAUUCAUGUAAAACAGGAUCGGAAAUCAGUUGAACAAUUUAUUGAAGAAUUUUUAUUCACAUCAUUGAUCAAAAAGCAAAAUGAUCAUGCUAAUCGAGGUAAUGCAUCUCGUUCUGCAAUAAACAAAGUUCCCUCAUCGACACGAUUUACUCAAGGUUGUGUUUUAGAUGUAUUUAUUCGUACGCAAUUAAGCACUCGAGGUGUAGUUAAUACGGGUUAUUCUCUUACAAAAUUACAGCUAGCCGAACCUCUCACUUUGGAAGAUGAAUUUGAUACUUGGUAUUUUGAUUAUAUGCGAGGUCUAUUUGAUAUAUGGCUUAUACCGACAAAUAAUCAAACAUUUCCACUCAAAUGGUCGAUCACUGAGGAUGCUGAGAUAUUAUUUACAGUUGGCAAUAAGAGUAUAAGUGCUAUCGAUGAUGCCAAUAAUACUUCUGCAAUUGGUAAUAUCGAUCGACCAAGUACUGUGUCAUUAGAAAAAUUUAUAAAUGACAUUUGCGAAAAAGAGAAUAAUGGAAAUACAGAAAGAUGGCUUGAAGGUUUGCGUAAUGAAGAUAUUCGAUCGUAUUCCCAUUUAGCUAAUUUAAAAUUCACUGAAUGGGAACAAAUGAAAAGUUUAAGUACAAAUGCACGAAAAAUUCUUAAGUCUUAUGUUGAUCGAGAAAAACAACUUCGUGUUGAAGUGAAAAAAACGAGCGAAUCAAAAACUGAUAUUGAUCAAGGACCAAAGUUACCUUCCAAAUCACAAUUAAUCGCUUAUUUACAUCAAAUCAAAUUAUAUUUUCAUUAUAUGCUUGAUGAAUACUUUCAACAGGCGAGAAUUCCUCAACCGGCUCAGGUUAAUGUUCAAUGCGUCGAUCUUGCAUUUGAAGAGAUGCGUAACGAAGGAUUUGCUGAUGAUGGUCUAUUUGAUCAAAUGAAACCUUUCUUUUUACCUUUGACUAUGGUCGAACAGGAUAUUGAAGUCACUGAUAGACAAUGGAUUCAAUUAGAAAACGAUCUAAGUAAUAGACAAACUUUAUUACGUAUUGAAAAGGCCAAACUUGAAGAUGAAAUGGCUGAACUUGGGGGAAAAUACUAUCAACUCGAUGAUAAAGUUGUGCAAUUGAAAGCCAGCGCAUCACGUCAAACAACGACUAAUUUAAUUAACUCAAGGGAUAAUCAAGAUGAAACAGGCUCGCCAUCUCUUCAGCAACAAAUCGUAAAUUGUCGUAGCAUGAUGGAUGAAUUACAACCAAGUCGAAAUCAACUUCGAACUAAAUGGAAUCAAUUAAAUGAUUUAAUAAGCAACAUCGAAACAGCAUUACAAAGUCGAAAAACUAGGAGUAGUGAUAGUGAUCUUAUUAAACCUAAUCGUGGCUUUAUUAUGUAUGGUCCACCAGGUACUGGUAAAUCAGAUAUAAUGAGUAAAGUGUCAACACGUUUAGGUAUCAAUAUGGUUACGCCACCGAUUGCGGCUGGCGAAUUAGAUCGACCAUUAGUAGGUGAAUCCGAACGAAUUAUUAGUGAUAUUUGUAUGAGAUGUCAUCGAUUACCUUACUUAAUGUGCUGUGUGUCGAUUGAUGAAAUCGAUUCAUUAGCACCAAAACGAACAAAUAAUGCUAGUCAUUCAGAUGUAUCGAAACUUAGUGUUCUUCUUUCUGUAAUUGAUGGUAUCAAAGAUGUUCGUAAUUUGAUGUUUUUUUGUGCAACAAAUCGAAUUCAUAUGAUGGAUGAGGCAUUUUUGCGUCGCAUGUCUGGCAAAUUUUUUGUUGGACGCCCUUCAUCACAUGCUCGAAAAGCAAUAUUAUCUGGAAUGAAAACUUGGCAUUUAAAUCCUUCAAUGCUUGAAGAUUUAGCUAUGGCUACAACAAAUUUCAGUGGAGCAGCACUAAGGGCACUUCGUCGCUCAAUUACUGCUCAUUGUAUUAAUGUCUUAAGAACUAAUAGUUCUUAUCAUAUUGUUUAUCGGACUGUUCUUGAACAUGCACAUGAAAUUGCUUUAAAAUAUCGUAUUAUGAUUGGUGCUGAGACUUUACCUGAUCUACUUCUUCGGAAUUUAAAUGAAACACGUCCAGCUGAACCUUGGGGCUUAUCUAAUAGACGUAAUUCUGUAUAUACAGGUAAAAUUCUAAUUAAUCUGUCAAAGAAAAAAGCUUAUGUCGAAGCUGUAAUUACUCAUAAUAAUGGUGAAAAAGAGAAAAUUGUCUAUCAAGAUACGUUAACUGAAAGAGAAACUGAUUUAAAACAGUUGAUCGAACGAUUAGUUUAUUAUGGAAAGUCAAGAAAUGUUCAACUUUUGCAAUUAGUAGAUCUUAAUCUACUAUUAUCUGAAAGUGCUUAUAAUGAAGAAAGAAAAUUUGAAAUAUUAAAAGAACGUGUUGAAGAAUCUAGUUCAUAUCGUCGUUCAAUGAUUGUCUUUGAUCUUGAUUCACUUAUUGGAGUCAAUAAAAGUGAAGGAUAUGCAGCAUUAGGAAAUUCGACUAAUGUAUCUUUGAUUAAUCAAAAUGUAAAUAUUUAUAUAAGAGAAAAAUUUCGUGAUGCGUAUUGUCAAACACCCUUUACUAACAGAGAACAAGAUGAUGAAGAAUUAGACAAACUUGAAGAAAAAUGGUCGGCUAUUGUCGUUCGUGAAUCAUAUUUAUAUCGACAAUUUUGUAGUGGCGAUCAUCAAUUUACUCGUCUACCAGAAGAGAUUGAAGAAGAAGAAGAGCAACUUCGUCAAUCUGAACAAAAUUUAUUGUGUGUAAAAUGUAAAAAUAAUUAUACGGAACAAGAAAACAAGAUGGGUCAAUGUGUAUAUCAUGAUGGAUUUGUGUACGAUUGUAGCUCUAUUAGCUUAAAAAUGUUUCCACAAUCAACAGGUAUUCAAGCCUUAAUUACCGAAGAAGCACAGUUAUUAAGAAAUAUUAAUAUUACAAAUGAACAGAAAGAACGGCAUGAACGAGGUAAACAAAGAUUUAAAUUCAUAUGUUGUAAUCAGACAUUGCAAAUUUCUGGCAAUAUGGGAGGAUGUAAGAAGGCUAAACAUCAAGAUUUAACUAAAGAAGAAUGGGAAAAUCAAUGCAAUAAUAACGGAUGUUAUUUACAGAAAUGGAGAGAUAUUUUAAAUGCACUUGAUGAAAAUAAUGAGGUCGGUUCUGUAACAUACAAUUCAAUAAGGCGACAAGAAACGCUUCCUGGAUCCAAUUUCAAUAGAUCAACGGCUUUUGAAUCAGAUUUGUCAACUUCCAAGAAAAUUAUCAAAAAACAUUAA